AUGGAGGCUGUGGAUCGGGUCAAUGUGAGUGAGGAUUGGCAGGAAGCAGGCAGACAGCCCUGGAACUACUCCUCUGCCUCUGGCUUUGUUCUCACCAGCCUUUUUAACAACAGUCAGAUGCACCUGUUCCUCUUCAGCAUGGUAAUGUUGAUCUACCUCCUCGCCAUGGCCGGCAACACCUCCAUGGUCCUCCUGAUCUGGGCCGAUGCCCGGCUCCACACGCCCAUGUACUUCCUUCUCAGCCAGCUGUCCUUCCUGGACAUCUUCUUUACUUCAGUCACUGUCCCCAAGAUGAUAGUGGGCUUCCUCUUCGGUUGGACGAGCAUCUCAUUUGAGGGCUGUGGGGCACAAAUGUUUUUCUUCAUGUUCCUGGGAGCUGCAGAGUGCCUUCUGCUGGCCCUCAUGGCCUAUGACCGCUACGUGGCCAUUUGCAACCCUCUGCGCUACCCAGUGCUCAUGAGCCGCCGGGUCUGUUUGCUCAUGGUUGUGGCCGCCUGGCUUGGAGGGUCCCUCAAUGCCUCUAUCCAGACCUCUAUGACCCUUCAAUUUCCCUACUGUGGCUCACGGAAAAUUGCCCACUUCUUUUGUGAAGUGCCCUCACUGCUGAUGUUGGCCUGUGCAGACACCGAGGCUUACAAGCAGGUGCUCUUUGUGACCGGGGUGGUAGUGCUCCUGGUGCCCAUUACAUUCAUCACCAGCUCCUAUGCCCUUAUCCUGGCAGCUGUGCUCCGGAUGCACUCUAUAGAGGGGCGUCAGAAGGCCCUGGCCACCUGCUCCUCCCACUUAACAGUUGUCAACCUCUUCUAUGGGCCCCUUGUCUACACCUACAUGCUGCCCGCACGCUACCACUCACCUGGCCAGGAUGAUGUAGUGUCUGUCUUCUAUACUGUUCUCACGCCCAUGCUCAACCCUCUCAUCUACAGCCUCAGGAACAAGGAAGUGAUGGGGGCAAUGAAGAAGGUGCUAGCAAAGGGCGGGCCGCGCUGCACGCACUGA